UUUCGCAGUCCAUUAGUUACCACGCGUUCACAGGCAAAACGGCAGCAGCAGCCAGCAGCACAGUGUCGCGCUCGGUGGUGCGUACGGUUUUCCACACCCCAUCCCACACCUGGCUUUUCCCGCAGCAAGCAAUUGCGACUGGCUAUUUUAGUGCGAAAAUCGGUGGAUAUGUGGUGGACAUACAGGACAUACAGUAAAAUUGCUCAUUUUGUGAAACAGUUGUGGUCGUUGUGAGCCGAAAAAAGAAGGGAGUCGAGCAAAGAGGAGAUCGAUUAGCAGUGCGUGGGAGUACGAGUGCAGCUUUAUAUGUUACGCAUCGAAACGUGUAGUGGCCGGUGAAAGCUUCUCGGGGAGGUGGGAUGGUCGGGGACGUGAAGUGGAUAGAUGAUGUUACUUUUUUCCUGCCACUGAUCACUAACCGAACGAAUGAGUGUGUUCUUCCGCGAAAAGUUUAGUGUGCACAGCAACGAGCUAGUAGGCUUUGAAGUGGUUGUCAAUAAUCGAUUACGAGCGGCAGUGCGACAGUGCGACAGUGAAGCUAAGCGUCCUCGCCAAGUCCUGGCCUAAGUGGUUGGUGGCGUAGUGUGAAGCGAGAAGCGAACGAAACGGAACGAAAAAAGUAAACCAGUGAGAGAGAGAGGGAGUGAGUGGCAAAGGACGUAGGAAGAGUGAAGUGAAGUAGUAGUGAUCAAUUAAAAAAUGAUAGCAUGGGCCCCUGCUGGAAUGUGGAUUGCUGCUGCCGCCGAUGAAACGAUAUGAGCACGUAUGCGUACACGGCCGGUUGUUGGGAAUUACGCAAACAAUGUACGAGAUGUGGCGUUGGAUAGUCGUCAUACUGCAGCUCCUCUUGGCGGAAGAAUUCGCUUCAGGUAUUAUGCUCACGGAGGUGCGGGUGCCCAAGCACACCAUCAAGGGCCACUCGGUCCGGCUGGAGUGUCAUUAUGACAUGGAAGGCGAAGCGCUCUACUCGGUGAAGUGGUACAAGGAUGGGCGCGAAUUUUAUCGAUAUGUGCCAAGGGACGACCCGCCGGGGACGGUGUUUCCUCAGCCGGGCAUCAUAGUGGAUCUGCUGAACUCUACCAGCGAGCAGGUGGUGCUGGAUCCGAUCGAUCUCUCCUCGAGCGGUAAAUAUCGAUGCGAGGUGUCGGCCGAGGCGCCCUCCUUCCAGACGGUCUCGGAUCACGGCGAAAUGCUGGUAGUUGUGCUGCCCGAGGAGGAUCCGUACAUUACGGGCGGGAAGCCACGCUACCAGAUCGGCGAUAUCGUGCGGGUGAACUGCACAUCUGGCCGGUCGAAACCGGCGGUUCAUCUGGCGUGGCACAUCAAUGGGGAGCAGGCGGACGGGUCGCUCGUGAAGCGGUACGAGCCGGUCGUGUCCGGGCCGGACAAGCUGGAAACGUCCAUACUGGGGCUGGAAUUCCGUGUUAAGCCAAAACAUUUCAAACGGGGCGAUAUGAAGCUCAAGUGCCUCGCCACCAUUUCGACCGUGUACUGGAAGAGCAACGAGGAGAGCGUCGAGGGGGAAAAGAUUCAAAAAGCGCCCAUGCUCGAGUCGCGCCGGGCCGUUUCGAGCGACACGCGAGCGGACCGAGUUCAAGCGGCGAGCGGCGAUGCAUUGGCGAAUAAAUAUUCAUCGGGCUUGAAUUUUACAUUGCGCUGGCUGCUCACGGUGUUGGCCGCCGGUCGUUUGCUCUGGCCAUCGGCUGCGCUGCCCUAAAUGCAACUUAAUGCGAGCAUGAAUCGGGCGGGCCGGGCCGGGCCGGGCACAAUCCAAACAAAUCGCUCUCUUCAACUAUAACAAUUUUAUUAUCAUUCACUGUAAUACAUUCCGUCCCGAGUACGGGUCCGACUCUUUUCGAACCCGCGACGUCUGCCCAAUCGGUCGUAUUGUCCGGCACCUGGCCGAAACGUGAACCGUACGUCCGUCGUGGUAGCAGCGCGCUUUCUAGCAACGGUCCUGGGAAGGCUGAGCGCCCGCUGCGGAACAGAAACAGAAAUUGAACGCGACGCGGGGCGGUCGAUUCAUGUUACGGAAAAGAUGAAGCAUAUCACGCCAUUGUUCGGUGCGCCAAGCACAGGGUGCAAGCAAUUGGCUGCGAACAAGGUAAUCCACAACUUGUGUACCACGACGACGGCGACUGCAAACAAACUGCAGCGCGUGUGUGUACGGUGCACGAAGCUGGCUGCCUGCUGCUGGUCGACUCAACAAUCAUCAUCUCAGCGAGUUCGCCACGCACGCUACAAGCAAUGCCAGCCAGUAGGCCACGCGCAAGGAACGAACGAAUCAAACGAACCGGCGAACGUACGAACCAGAUGGGCAAACAAGUAUCGGCCGCCGCGUGCUUUUUAACUAUGGAAGUAUAGCGUCGAACAAAACGACACGGAUCAUAUCACUACGACACAAUGAAGUAAUAUCUUGAUGUGCUUUUUCACUGUUCACUCCCGAAAAAUCGUACUAAAAAUUUGACAAAAACAAAAACCCGCAAAGGAAAAUAACAUUUAAAAAACAUAUCACCAAAGUGAAGUAUUUGAGGAACGUAAUGCAAAAGCAUAAGAAAGCAACCAAAAAAAAAAAACUAAAAAGAAAGCAAGCAACCGAACAAAUUUUCACUCCAGUUUAUUCGUGGAUAAGUGUGUCGCAAAAUCGAUUCGAUGAUCCCUCUUUGUAAAAAGUUUGUAAAUAUUGUAAAAGACUCUCACCUGCGGCUGCGGUAGUAGGUCGGGUCGGUCGAAAUGUGCCCAAAUUGUUGCUACAUUUUUUUUUUAUUUGUUUUUAAUUUCUCCCCCUACACAAAGUACGAAGAUUUUAGAUAAUAAUGUGAAACAAACCAAAAGAACAAUUUGAAUUUAUAUACACUUAACUAUACACUUACACACACACACACACACACACACACACAUACAAACACAAACACAGACACAGACAGCUAGCCAACACUACUCGACCGACGCACACCGAGUAUAGUCGAUUAUUCUUCUAGACAAUUGUUACUGAUCCCAUACGAUGGGGAGAAGACCGUAUGAACAACGAUGCGUGUGCAAAGAACGAGGCCGUGACUGAAAGAAUAAAGUACUUUUAUCCAUUAUGGUAAUAACAAUUA